UUCAUUGUUGCCAGUAGUUUCCACAUAGUUCUUAAGAAGGUGAAGAAGCAAUGAGAAGCUUUUAGGCACUAAUCAACAGAGAUCAAGGUGAAUAUAUAGGCCAGGGUUUAUGGCAAGGAAGCUGUCAGAGCUUAAUGAGUCUCCAAGGACUAAGAAUCCUGCUCCAUUUUUACUCAAAACAUAUGAUUUGUUGGAGGAAUUCAGUGGAGGAGGCUGCGGCGGCUGUGAUGAGAUAUUGAAAAUUGUUUCAUGGAAUGCGGAGGGGACUGGAUUUGUUGUAUGGUCUCCGGCCGAGUUCUCGGAGCUUACCUUGCCCAGAUACUUCAAGCACAACAAUUUCUCCAGCUUCAUUCGCCAGCUUAAUACCUAUGGGUUCAAGAAGACGUCGUCGAAGCAAUGGGAGUUCAGGCACGAGAAGUUCCAGAAGGGAUGCAGGCACCUACUAGGUGAAAUCAGCAGGAAGAAGGCGGAGCCGAGUGCGUUUCCAGCAUACCUGAAGGCUGCAGAGGAAAAGAUGAAUGCAGUGGAGGAGGAAAACAAUAUUGGUCACGAUCUCCUAAUGGAAGAGAACAAGAAGCUAAGGAGAGAGCAGCUGGAAUUGCAGAUGCAAAUAGCAGAAUUCAAAGCAAUAGAAGUUAAGUUGUUGGAGUGUGUUGCUCAAUACAUGGGAAACAAUCACAAUAAAGUUAGGAGGCUAUUUUAGAUGCCAACAUAAAACUUGAGAUCCUAGCUUUGCUGGAUCCUUUUAAGAUUCCAAAGUGGAUGAUUGUCUCAUUUUACACUAAAAAUAAUUCCGGAAAAUAUUUUGAUAAGACAGAUUUUUAUUUCUCAA